AUGAAUGUCUGUAGGUUACGCUUAACGGUACCACCUGAUGAAGGCUCACAGCCUGAACAGGGAGCAAAGGAACCGGAAAGAAAGAAAAAUGAACCAUACCAUGUACCGAAUGGCAUGUCUCCAGGGAAGCUCUCUCAUGGGAUGGUAUAUGGCGUUGUGCACCGAACUGACAACAACCAUAAGAGGGAAAUGGUGGUUUAUGGCUGGUCAGCUGAUCAGCUGAAAGAGGAGAUGAAUUACAUUAAAGAAGUGAGAGCAACUCUGGAAAAAGUAAGAAAGAAAAUGUAUGGUGAAUAUGAUGAAAUGAAACGAAAAAUACAGCAGCUUACGAAUGACACACGAGUGACAAAUGCUCAUCAGGAAUCCUUAGAGAAUCAUGUGCGAGUGCAGGCUGCAGCCUUAGAUAGCUUUAGUGAAAUGAACAGCUCCUUGACAUCAGCAUCAAUAGACUUGCAGAAAACUCUGGUGGAUGUUACAUUGGAGAACACUGAUAUAAGGGAACAAAUAAGGAAUUUAAAACAUACACAUGAGCAAUCUAUGGAAAAGCUGAGAGAGAAGCAAAAGCAACUGGAAACGGCACAAAUUGAAAAUCAGUUAUUGAAAUUAAAGGUGGAAUCGUCGCAGGAAGCCAAUGCUGAAGUCAUGAGAGAGAUGACAAGAAAACUGUAUAGUCAGUAUGAGGAAAAAAUGCGAGAAGAGGAGCAGAAACAUAAAGCGGAGAAAGAAAUCCUCCUAGAGGAAACGAAUCGGCUUCUGAAGGCUAUUGAAGAGGCAAAUAAGAAGAUGCAGAUUACAGAAACAAGCAUACAGGAAAAAGACCAGAGAAUUGGUGAGCUGGACCGGCUCAUUGAACGCAUGGAAGAGGAACGUCAGCAGCUGCAAAAACAACUUGAACUAAAUGAAAUACAAAUAUCUGGAGCAAAAUCUGAAAACAGCUCUGACAGUGAAAGGUCACAGUAUUUGGAGGAGGUAGCAGCUAGCCUACGAGAGCGAAUCAAACAUCUGGAUGAUAUGGUCCACUGCCAACAGAAGAAAGUCAAGCACAUGGUUGAGGAGAUUGAAAUGCUAAGGAAGAAAGUAAAAGAAAAGGAAUUAUUUAUAGUUCAGCUUUUAGAAAAAAUAUCUUUCUUAGAAUGUGAGAAUAAAGAACUGCAAGAUAAAUUGGACUACUUAAUGGAAAACCAACCAAAGAGCAAUAUAGAAACCAGAGAUACUGGUGUAGGAUGUGAUCUUCCAUACAGUACUGAGAACAGAAGAUCUCCUGAAAGUGCAAGGCCGGUGAGGACAUACACCCCAUUCAAGAGAGUGUUGGAAUUUAGCACAAAGAACAGUACAUCUUGA